UGUAGAUCAGUUAGUCGGCUGCAAUCUUCAGCAAGCUCAUAUCUCCGGUUGGUGAGAUCUAGGCGUGCCGCAUUUACUCGUCUAGUCACGAUUGAGGAACUGUCGACAUAAAUUAUCUGUCUUCCGUUUCACGGACGCUGUUGAAGGUGUUUAACUAUGUCUCCUAGAGAUAUAGAACAACAGACAUUUAAUAUUAUUAGUUGCUUUUUUGAAGAGGAGCAUAACCAAACAUGGAAUCGGACGGUGAAGGUGUGCGAAAGAAUCGAGUCUGAUGGACCUGGAGAUGAACCGAAGUUCGUCAGUAAGACUGGAGAGAAUGACGGGUUUGACCCAGUUGUAAUAGCUGAUAAACUGAGGGAACUUGGAGAUGAUUUUGAUGUUAAGUUUAUCCAGCCUCAUAUCAGAAAACUCCAACAAGCAGUUGCAGACAAGGCGGUGGAGGAGUUUGCACGUAGCGUGGACAGCCUGUGUGCGGCCCAGGGAGCAGAGGUGGCCCCUGAGAUGCAGCUGCUGAGGGCCUCCAUGGCCCUGGGUCUGUACGUUAAGAAGACCUGUCCUGACCUUAGAGCCACCAUCCAGUCUUGUAUGACUGCCUUCAUUAACACCCGGCUGGCAGGCUGGAUCAACCAGCAGGGAGGAUGGGAUCAAGUUACUAUGGUAUAAAAACAUGGAGAAGAUGACAUCCACAUAAUUUUUGUACAAUGAGGAAGAGGUCUUAAUGAGGAAGAGGUCUUAAUGAGGAAGAGGUCUUAAUGAGGAAGAGGUCUUAAUGAGGAAGAGGUCUUAAUGAGGGAGAGGUCUUAAUGAGGGAGAGGUCUUAAUGAGGGAGAGGUCUUAAUGAGGAAGAGGUCUUAACUCCUCAAGUCUGUAUAUGUGUUAAGUCUUCCCUCUUUCUUACUUUCUCUCCCUCCCUCCUUCCCUUUUUUUUAUUUUCUUUAUUUCUUCCCUCUUUCUUUAUUUCUUCUUUCUUUCUUUCUUCCAUCUUUCUUCCGUUCCUGUCAUGGCCAUUUGAACUUGCCAGUUGUACUCCCUCUUCACUUCCCCUGAGUUGGUUCUUCGAGGAAGAGACUGUGUCCCACUAUCAGCAGAAUGUGACGUCUCCACUGACUUUUUGACCGUCCUCACAAUGGGCAUCUGAAGUAACGUUGCAUAUUGGAAUCAUGACGUAUUGCAAUCCAUGGCAUUUUCUACAUCUACAUCACAUUGUCAAAACAAGCAAUAUAUUUCUGUAGAAAAACAAUCAGUUGCAAUGUUUUGUACUUUUGAAGCCUUUUCCUAAACAAUAGAAGCAGGUUACCAGAUAAUCACAACAAGCUUUCAUUUUUAAGCCGAUGGACCAUCUUUCAUUUAAUGUGAGAAUCAACUUUGACCUAAUAAAAUGACUCCCAAUAAAAGUCCAUGUAAUCACCGAAGCUGUGAUGUUAAAUACUUGAAAGUGAACCGUCACCGAGUCAUGCAUCCCUUGAUGUAACCUGAAAUGCUUUGACUUGUUUGACCGUGUUUUCUAACAUGCUCUUAUCCUCACUCAGUGCUUGUUAAACAUGCUCAACAAGUCAAAUAAUGAGUUUGUUAAAUGUGUGUGUUGCUGGUGAUAGCUCAUCUUGAUUUGAGUAAAAGGAAAAAGUCUUAAAUAUGAUAUGAAUUAAGAAAACAAAUUAGUGUUAACCAACUGUGAGUUUAUAGUUUUGUAGACUUCAUCAGAGCUUGUAGAGGGGAGCUCCAGCAGUGACAAGUGCUUCUGGUCAAAGUCAGUAUUGUUUCAAUGUCAACUCUGACUCAUACCAUUUACAGUCACUUCUCCUUUAUUAAAGAUGCACAGCACCACCAUGUGUAAAUGGACCAAAGGGAAUUAGAAAGUAGAUGAGGUUUUAUUGUAACUUUUUUUUCAAUUGUGCCUAGUUGUGUGUAAUUCUGUCUUUCUGGUUUUAAUAAAACAUGGAGCUUAGUUGUGAAGUC